UGAUGUAGCGCAAACUCUAUCUUUAAUAACACGUAAUGCUAUUUAUUACAAUAAACAGGAUGAUGAGGAACAGAUUUUUCAUUAUUUGGGUAUGUAGUAAAAUAACUAACUCAUAUAAAUUAAUAUCACCAAAGAAGGCUGUUGUCUUUUUCGCAAAACUGCAGCGACAAAGGUUGCAGGGUAACCUUAUGAGCGGCCAACAUUUUCAACUAUACAACUAUACUGUACACGUUUAAGUAGCAGUAGCAGGCAUUUUACCGUCUAUCUGAAGAGUCUGUCGAUAACAUUUUGACAAACUACCACAUUAUUGGUUAGCAGUGUCUUAGGUCACUGCUAGCAUGGAUGAAAACACUUUGAAGAUGUUGGUGAAGCUAACUCAGGAAGGACGCUUAAGCUCUCUGGAGAAACAGAUAUCAAAAGGAGGCUCAGCUGCGACAAACACAGUUAGCACCAAACACUUUGGUAGGUCAGGAGACACUUUGCUGCACUAUGCAGCUAGACAUGGGCACCUGAAGAUUGUCGAGUAUCUUAUAAAGCAGUUAGGUAUGGACGUGGACAUUUACAAUAGCGAUUAUAAGAGGCCAUUGCAUGAAGCUGCUUCAAUGAGUCACCACGAAUGUGUAAAGUAUCUACUUUGGGAAGGAGCAAAGGUGGACAGCUUGAAGAAAGGCGACUGGACUCCUCUAAUGAUGGCAUGUACUCGGAAGAACCUGGAAGUUAUACAGGAGCUUUUGUUUCAUGGAGCUGAUCCAACUUUACGAAACAAAGAUGGAUGGAACGCUUUCCAUAUCGCAUGUAGGGAAGGUAGUCCUAUGGUCGUUGAGCACCUGCUUAAUACUGCAACAGAUAUCUGGAGGACGGAGAGCAAAACAUGCAGGACACCAUUGCACACUGCAGCAAUGCAUGGCUGUGAAGAGGUUGUGAGGAUCUUAUUGGAGAGGUGUAACUACACCACAGAUAACACUGACAGCUGUGGAGUCACACCUUUUAUGGAUGCUUUAAGGAAUGGACACAUCUCUAUUGCCAAGCUUCUUUUAGAGAAGCAUCAGGCAUCUCCAGUGGCUGCUGAUGUACUUGGAACUAAGCCAGUGCACCAGGUUGCUAUCACCGGCCAGGAAGAGGCCCUGCGAUUCCUUGUGCAAGAUCUCGGUGUAGAUGUGAAUCAGAGUGCGACAGAUAUUCAGCUCACUGCCCUGCAUUAUGCUGCAAAGGAGGGACACACGGCUUUAAUAAAAACACUGUUGGAGUUGGGGGCAGAUCUUUACGUUCGGGAUAAAAAAGGACGGAGUGCACUUCAUAUGGCUUGUAUCGGACAGCAUGUAGAAGCUGUAAGAAUUCUCCAGCUGUUUGGGCUCCAAGACUCUGAGGAUGCGUCUGGCACAACGGCACGGCAGCUUGCGAAGAAACCCGAGAUUAUGCAAGUGUUUGAAUCUGAGCUGUCUGGACCAUUAGACACACUAAUGUCAUGACUCUAAGCACAUAUUUAUAACUCGGUAUUGUUGUCUUGACAGUGUGAAUAUGCUUGAAAUAAAUCUUAUGGAAGAGGCUGUGCCUUAAAAAGAAACAGGGUGUCUUUUUCAAAAUGUGUUUUUUGGCUGCCUUGGUAGCUUAAAAGUAAUCAUGCUCUGAAGUCUGGCAUGAAUGGUAAAGA